CUGCGUGACAUCACGGGCCAGUUAAAUGUCUUAGCGAGAAAGUGAAGAUUUGUAUAAACGCGACGGAUCAGUCCCGGCUUGGAUCCAACAUGGGGAACAUUUUGACGAGGAUUAUGAGUAUUUUCGGCAACCAGGCCUCAUGAAUGAAGUGGUGCACACGGCCCCGACCAUCGGCAGCAACGUGGAGGAGAUCAUAUCGAGGAACACGCACUUCCUCAUGUGGGAUAUCGGGGGGCAGGAGACUCUCAGGGCCACCUGGAACAGUUACUACUCCAAUACCGAGUUUGUCAUAUUGGUGAUAGACAGCACUGAUCGGGAGCGGCUGCCCGAGACCCGGGAGGAGUUGUACAAGAUGCUGUCACACGAGGAGCUAAAAGAGGCAGCCAUAUUGAUUUUUGCCAACAAGCAAGAUGUCAAAGACUCCAUGACGGCGUCCGAAAUUUCCACUUGUCUGGCACUUGGGGCCAUCAGGGACCGAGCCUGGCACAUCCAGGGCUGCUGUGCCCUCACAGGGGAAGGGUUACCGGCAGGACUCGAUUGGUUGAAAUCUCGCGUCACAGCCAACUGACGCCCCCGGAAAGGACUUUAUUUAUUUCAUCAGUGUUGGACACUUAUUUUUUAUACUCAAGUAUUUUUUAUAACAUGUCGGAUGCUUUUUGUAAUAACGAUCAAAGUUGUUGCUGCUGUGAAAUUGCGAAAUUCGAUGUUUCGGCCUCGAGUGGGCGGAGCCUCCUUCCGUGCUGGAAAUAACCGAGUUGCUCAUGAUCGCUCCCAUCUGCCCCGUCAGAUCUGUUCUGAUCUGGUUCUUACUUUCCACGGACUUGAGUGAGAAGGAACUUCCCGCAGAAAACCAACUGCAACGAUGUUCCAGUUUCUGCUUGGCCUCCGCAUUGCUGAGCCCUGUCUCCAUGGAAACACUAGUACUAACGGGUCAGGGUAUCAGCGGGAGCCUAUGUGUAUAAAGUAUUCAUAUCUAUAUAUUAUUCUUCUUGUCGCUCUUUGAAAGAGCAAGCGACAUGGCACCUCCCGCCUAUAUCUAUUAAUGCCAAUAUGUAGAUAAGGUCAUUUUGUGCCAAAGUCCUAAGAUAAUGUAAUGUAUGUUUUAUAUGGAUUCUGUAACGGAUUCUUAUUGGCAGAGAACAACGCUUGAUUAUAUUAACUUCCCCUUUAAAUGCUAAGAUUUGGGAGAUUUAGUCGCCCGGGCAACAAAUCAACUCUUCUUCAGGCGACUAAUCUUCACGAAAAGCCUUCCCGCAGGCUAGAAUCUAAAUCGCCAGUGGGAUGGCACUUGGACCGCUUAGUUUUACGAAGUCGCCCGAAGUCAGGGCGACUAAAUCUCCCUGAAUCUUCGCGUGUGCUUCUUACCCUAAGCCAUCCCACCGCUCCUUUAAAUCUAUGCACAUAACUACCUCACUUCCUCCUACCCAGCAUGCUGUGGGCUCUCUCUAUGGCAGAGGAGGGUCCGACUGUCCCCUUAAAGUUACAGGCGCCCUUACAAGUUAAAGGGGCCGAUAUAUUUGUUUUAAAAUGUAUUUAGCAUGAAUUAUGCGAAGACUCUCCUGUUUUUAUAUUGUGUAUAUAUAAGGGCUACAUCCCACAUGCAAGGUUUAUUUAUUUUUUUUAUAGGGUUCGCUUUGCCUUUAACUCCAUCAGGUGUGUGUGUAUACAUAUGUGUGUGUGUGUGUGUGUGUGUGUGUGUGUAUAUAUACAUAUGUGUGUGUGUGUAGCUGGAGUGUAACUGGUGCUACAUACAAUGUAAAAAAAAAAAAAAAAGGGUCGGCGCAAUUCACCUGUUUUUAUUUCUACUUUUUAACCCCCGAUGUAAAUAUGUAUAAUAUUGAGAUUUUUCACGGUCGGCUAGGCGGUGUCAUAGCAAAAAAAGUUUUAGCUGUUACAGAAAUAAAAUUGUGUUUUUUUUUUUUUCAUUUUUCAAAAA